GUUAACCGGACGUUUGACUUGUUACCUGACAGUCCAAGCUAGCUUGAUAACAGUGUCCUGCUUCUAUCCACAGUGAAAACACACAGCUUUUGUGAUCAGCACUAAUGGAGACAGCAGGAGUUUGUGAGAUUGAUGUGGCCACCAGAAGAAUAGUGGGAGGCAGCGAUUCUCCACCCGAUCUGGACAGCCCAAGUCAGGAGGAGGUUGCAGAGUUUGGUUUGGGGUUGUGCGCUGAGGAGAGGGGGGAAACUCCAGGCAGAGAGGACAGUCCCAGCGACCUGGGAGAGGCAGAGCUCGAUCCCGGAGGAGACUCCAAAUCUGGAGAGGACAAGGCUUUGGGGAAAGAAGUGGUUCUUUUAAUGCAGGCCCUGAACUCCCUAGCCACUCCUGAGGAGAAGCUGGCCGCUCUGUGCAAGAAAUAUGCAGACCUGUUGGAGGAGAGUCGCUGCAUGCAGAAGCGACUGAAGGCUCUGCAGAAGAAGCAGUCUCAGAUCGUAAAGGAGAAGAUCCACCUGCAGGGGGAGCACAGCAAGGCCAUCCUGGCCCGCAGCAAGCUGGAGAGCCUCUGUAGGGAGCUGCAGAGACACAACAAGACACUGAAGGAGGAGAACGCUCAGCGCUCUAGGGAGUACGAGGAGCAGCGGAAGGAGGCCAUGCUGCACUUCCAGAUGACCUUGAGCGACAUCGAGGUGCAGAUGGAGCAGCACAGCUCCCACAACACCAAGCUGAGGCAGGAGAACAUGGAGCUGGCUGAGAAGCUCAAGAAGCUCAUUGAGCAGUACGAGCUCCGAGAGGAGCACAUAGACAAGGUGUUCAAGCACAAGGAGCUGCAGCAGCAGCUGAUGGAUGCCAAGCUGCAGAGGAUCACUGAGAUGAUGAGAGAAGUGGAGGAGAAGCAGCAGAGAGAGAGAGACUUUCUGCUGAAAGACGCCACCGAGUCCAGGCGCAAGUGUGAGCUGAUGAAGGAGCAAGAAACGCAGCUCAAACAGCAGCUCUCCCUCUACAUGGACAAGUUUGAGGAGUUUCAGAGCACCCUGGCUAAAAGCAACGAGGUCUUCACCACUUUCAGACAAGAGAUGGAGAAGAUGACCAAGAAGAUCAAGAAGCUAGAGAAAGAGACGACACAGUGGAGGACCAAAUGGGAGAGUAACAACCAGGCCCUACUGCAGAUGGCCGAGGAGAAAACUCUGCGUGACGGACACUUCAAGGCCCUGCAGGGGAAGCUGGAGCUGCUGGAGAGGCUGUGCAGAGCCCUGCAGAAGGAGAGGAACGACCUCAACAACCGGCUCAGUCUCCUCCAGGAGCAGGGAGACAAAGAGACCGCGGCACCUCCCUCAGCCCAGCUGCGGGACCCCUCAGCCGGGGAGGAAGACGAGGAAGAGGACGAGGAGGAUGGGGAGGGGGAAGGAGAAGUCGAGGAGGGCAGAGAGUCAGAGGGCAUCCACCAAGCUCCCAGACCACCCGAACUGGACCCCACGCAGGCUGCUACUGACAAAACCACUACUGCUACGACGACAAGCAGCCAGCCUGCAGAAACAGCAACCACACAGCAGGACUGAACUGAGUGUGUGUAGGUGAGAGGGGGGUGGUAGGAGGGCUUCACACACCUCUAGCCUGGUUCCAUAACUAGCCAGAAAAACAUCUUUAAUGGGGAUAAGUGUCUUUUUUUAAUUCUAGACUUGCCUCUCCAGGUCUCUGAAACUGAACCCAUAUCUUUUUUGAGCGAUAGUUUAAGAGUAAAAUGAUUGUAUCAAGGAUUGGAUUCUAAAACGUUACCCACGUUUACAUUGCUUGUAAGAAUUGGCCAUGUGGCGAGCACUUUGUACUCCCUGUUUUCUACCAUAACUGUAUUUUCAUAGGGAAUGUCCAUGCAGUCAAAUUGAGGCCGUUCAUAGUCCUCACAAGGUCUGUCCCUAGUCAUAUGUCUGAUUGCAAAUUCUGGUUUUAUUAAUGUAGCCUCAGUCACAUUGUGAUCUGACAAGCUUGAAGAGGAAAUGGGGCUAGUGUAGAAGAAAAACGUCUGUAUUGGCCACAGGGUAUUAAAUAUAUAUUUUUUGAUCACAUCA